CCGCCCCUUCGCCCGCCAUGGCCGAGGACGAGGAGCUGGAGAGGAAGGCCGUAGAAGAACUUCUCAAGGAGGCAAAGCGUGGGAAAACCAGAGCUGAAACAAUGGGACCAAUGGGAUGGAUGAAGUGCCCCCUCGCCGGUGCCAAUAAAAGAUUUCUGAUCAACACAAUUAAAAACACACUGCCCUCCCAGAAAGAGCAAGACCACGAGCUGAAGAGAGACAAUGAGGAAUCCCGAUCGGGCAGGAAGGAGGAAGAAGAAAACCCAAAGAAACAUAGAACUCAUCCUUAUAAGCCCAACGUCCCUCCUCGGCAAAGGGUCUGCCCUUCUCCUCCCAGGAAGCGGAACAGCCAGGAGAAGUACGAAAAGCGAUCGAACACACGAUGAAGAGGCGGAAAAGAGGAGGCAAGACUGUUACCCACAGUAAACUGCAGUUCAGUUUUGAAGGGAGCGAUGUUCUUUAAGUGGAGAAAAUUGUUCGGUGAGUCUCUGGCUGCAGGAAAACCAUCCCGAGAAUGAAUUUUAUGACAGAUGUGUUAUUAAAGAGUCAGCUGCUGUUAAGUUCAAAUGACUUAGUAAUUCUUCCUCCUGAAAACGGGCCUAGCGCCAAUUCGUCGUAUUUCAGUAGUUCAUUUUCCAUCUCCAGUGGAAGUUAGUUUCAAAGUCAGCAAAUGCAGGUUUGAUGGGUUUUUCCAGAGUUGAAGUACCUAAGUACUGUAUUUUUAAUAUGGUCAGUUGAAGCCUGCCUAAGAGGAGCAAGGUGGAAUUUCUACAUUCUGGAUUGUUGAUUUUCAGUUCUGACUUUUUUAAAUGGAGAAGAGAAAAGGCUUGGCAGUCUCCUAGGCCUCGGACAGUUUUCAGUGCUCCAACCCCUCUGACCAAGAAAUAGAUUGACGACAACAGAACUUUCAUUUCUCCGUGUAAAUAUUGGAGACUAUUUCAAGUUGACAUUAGAGCUAGAAUUUAGGAUAAAUUACAGGAUACUCAUCUCAGCUUUUCUCCCUGUGCCCUCUGAACAAUUCUAUGGAAAUGAUAUAACUUUCAGGCAUAAAAUGCAAGAAUUUUUUCUGGGUUCAGAUUUUUCUUCAGAAGAAGUCUGAGGAGGAAACGGGAAUGGCAGUUUAAACCUAACCCUCAUCAGCUACAAACAUCCUGCUUUGUUCACUGCUGGGAAUUCUCAUUCAGCGCUACAAGUUUUUCUUCUGAAAACUUAAAGUAGUGUCACAGUGCAAGUUGUUCACAAUCUUGUAUCUCAGCCAAGUGUGUGUAGGCAAUUUUCCAAUUUUGCCGUGUUUUUAAUGAUACAAUUCUGAAUGUCAGUAUGACUUUACCAAAGUGCAACCGCACAGAGAGCUAGAUAAUUGUGUUAAUUUAUGUUCAGUUGAAAUGCCUUGACAUUUCUAUUGGAGAUGGUUUAAAGUUUGAAAACUCUUUUUUGGAUUCUUGUUUCAAAAGAGUAACAAUAAAGCUGAACCAUGCCAUUUGAA